UUCAAUAAAAAGUGCUCCACGUGAUAUUUAAGAGAGCAAACCCCAUCCAGCUAUUUCGAUUGAUUCAGUGCAUUUUGGGCGGAUAUCGAUAGAAUAAAAUGCCACUUCAAGUUCUUUGAAGAGUGAUCUAGCUGCGCCAAACCUUUCGCUUUUUCCUUGCUGGUCUGGGGAGCAACACAAGAUGGGAAAGCUCUCCAAUCUCCGCGUGCUCAGUGGGACGCUCGACUGAACAGCGACAGUGCUGAAGAUAGCGCUGUCUGCCGCUGUGCCCUCUGCCACUGUCCGUGGUCCUGAAGUCAAGUGCGUCCCCUCUCACUCACAAGGGCGAUGUAAAGCGCCGCUGUUCUGCACGCUCCUCUUCACAAAAUUGGCGGUAUAGGCGGAGGACUUGAAUCGGGGCUUUUUCGCUUCAGUUUAUUCAACUAACGAGCAUCAAGCUAUGAUUGGUAGGCUACCAUGUUCUUUACUUCUUCCCGGAGAGUGCCCACGGAAAAGUGUGGACAAAUACAAUAUCUUUAGUAGGCUAAACAUUUAACUUUUACUGGAGAUGCUGUGUUUAAACUUAUUUUAUUUUAGUUAUUUUUUCUCUUCUUAAAGGUGUAUCUUCCGGAGUUUGGGUCUAUUAUUCCAAUUGCACUCGCUGCUGGAUGUAUGUUACAAUACAUAAUUAUGUUUUUGAUCUACCUGCAGCAUUUGGAAGUUGAUUGAAAUGACUCUCACUGCCGUGGACGACUAUGAGUAGCCUAUUGGCAACAAUAGAAGGCAAUAUAAUUUCGUACAUUUUUUUUCAAGGCUUCUUUUUCACACAUCGGCUACCUAUUGUUAUCUUUAUCUACGGGAAAUAAGGGAUAGUCUGAGUCAUGUAUCAGAUUGAUUUGUGUGUGCAUAUCACAUCGCUCGUGCUGCUCCGAAGUCCGAAAAUGGUCUCGUUUCUAACUGCUUUUACGCACAACAACAGCAACUGAAGGGGGAUUGCAUUUUUAUCUGGAGCCUGUUGGUAUUAUCCAAUGGUCAAUCUGGAAGUUAUUGGAUCGCUGUGUUUAAUCCAUUCUGCUGGGUUUGGAUCUCUGUUGAUCCCGACUCCAACUAGUGGAACCGAACAUUUCAACGCGGAAUACCGCGGCGAAGGAUGGGCCCUCUCUUUCCAACGACCUGCAUUGUCCUCCUCGUCCUCCACACCACCUUGUCACCAGCCUCCCUCAGUCCCGAUGAUUACGCCGCGGACGAGGCAGAGCGAACUGCCAACAGCGACAACAUCAUUUUCGACGAUUACCGGGGGAAAGUUUGCGUGGACGACAGUGGCUUUGUUUACAAACUGGGGGAGCGUUUCUUCCCGGGACACUCGAACUGCCCAUGCGUGUGCACUGAGGAUGGGCCAGUGUGCGACCAGCCGGAGUGCCCCAAGAUACACCCUAAGUGCACAAAAGUGGAGCACAAUGGAUGCUGUCCUGAAUGCAAGGAGGUUAAAAACUUUUGUGAAUACAGGGGGAAAACUUACAAGAUCCUGGAGGAAUUUAAGCCUUCGCCUUGUGAGUGGUGUCGCUGCGAACCAAAUAACGAGGUGCACUGUGUGGUCUCUGACUGUGCCGUCCCAGAGUGUGUCAACCCAGUCUACGAGCCAGAACAGUGCUGUCCCAUCUGUAAAAACGGUCCAAAUUGCUUUGCCGGAACGACGAUCAUCCCAGCCGGUAUUGAAGUGAAGGUGGAUGACUGCACCAUUUGCCGCUGUCACAAUGGGGACUGGUGGAAGCCAGCACAGUGCCUGCGCCGGGAGUGCCUCAACAGCCAGACGUUGUCAUAGAAACCCCGGUGGGGACGGUGUCGGUGAUGUGCAGCCAGGGAGCGGUCCUACCUGCUGCAAAGGCAAACAAACAAACAAAACGCUCAUCUUGUAUGAUUGAUAUGAUGGACAGGAGAGGAGCACAAUUCCUUGGCAACAUUGACUAGGAGACUGCAUAACAAGCUGAAAUGAAAAGCUCUCAUACACAGUACCUACACACCACCACUACCACAACUUUAGCCACAGAGGAGCGGAGAGAGCAGGAGGAACUUUUCUUGAGACUAUUUUUUCGUCUUCUGUUUUGACUGUCUAUUUAUAUUUUCUGAUAACUACUUAUUGCUUAUGCUGCUUAUAAACAUAAUGUUUCUAUA